CCUUGAAAAGUUGGCCCUGAUACAUUUUACAAAUUCCAUUUAGGAGUGUCUCACAUUUUUCCAAAAAACAAACUAUUUAAUUGUUAACGCUUUUAAAAUCUAUCCAAAUGUUACCCUCGAUCGUGAUUCAGGUUUUCUUUGUAUAUUUUGGCAUAUUGCGUCCAGGAUUGUUGACGUUUCAUUCGCUGGAGAGUAAAAAUCUUACAUUAAUCAAUCAAUGGCUUAAAUAUUGGGUUAUAUUUGGCAUUUUUCAAACAAUUGGCAGCAUUUCAAACAUUUUCUUAGGAUCGCUAUCAUUUUACGAUGAAUCAAAACUCAUUCUGGCCGGAUGCGUAUGGCUGACCAGUCCCUAUAGCAUUGUGCGCUUCUAUGAGUGCAUUGAACCCAUUUUUCGAUUCGCGGAGCCGAUUAUCAAUAACUCUAUGGUGAAAGCUAAAUCCUGGUUUUAUCAGCUCAAGCAAAAAGAAGCCAACAUUUCGGUAGACACGGAGCGUGAAGAUCUUAAGGACUUUUUCUUUGAGGAAGACGAAUUGAAGAAGGAACUAUCCGAGGUAAUGGGACAGAACUGGGACCUGGAGCAAGAUCUCGUUCGAACAUUGAAAGAAUAUGCAAAUCUCUUGCCAGAUCCACAGACCCCUGAGGAGGCCAAAAAGGUGAUGGAUUCUCUAGACAAUGCUCUCAAAAUGAUUUACCAGAAACUCAUAGAGCAGCAAAAUAGAUCUCAUUCUGCUGAUUCUAACUAAAAGUCAGCACGGCUUUGAUUCGAUAAAUAUUCAACUUUGUUGUCAAAUAAAACUUUUACUCUUAGGAGGCCUGGGCAA